AUGAUGGAACGAUCGAAACCACAGGCCUUUCAGUCGACGUACGCGCCGCGGCUGCGCGCCUACAACAACUCUCUCCUCACGCCCGUCCUGCAAACCGCGCCCGUCGGACCGCUGUCGAGGACGACCAAGCGAGGCACCACCAUCAUCAACUACGCCGAGGACGGCUUCGACGACCUCGACGAUGACAGCGAUGAUCCCCGCCGGCGGCCCACGGGCCUGCGCAGCUUGCGCAAGGAGGACUCGGCCUCGAGGCUCGACAUGGCCGACAAGGCCGGCAAGGAAACAAGGGAGCCCGUCGACGUCCAGGGCAUCUGGCGGGACUGGAUGGGCAAGAACCGGUCCGUGAGGAGCGACCAGCAAAACUCGGCCCAGGCCAACUUGCCCCUGACGCUCAUCCCGAUCCGCAUCGACCUCGACAUACCGUCCUUUAUCCCCCAAGCGCCCUUUCCGCCCCCCAAUCCCAACGCCGUCGACAUCUCCAUGCCGCAAUACCGCCAGGGCGAGGCCACGAUUCCCUACAAGCUGAGAGACAUUUUCUGCUGGAACCUGCACGAAACGCUCAUAACCACGGAUCAGUUUGCCCAGACCUUGGCCCAGGACCUCGACCUCCCCAACCGGGCCAACGUCGUGGCCGAAAUCAGCAAGCAGAUCCGCACACAGCUCGAGGAGUAUGCCGGCGUCGCCCUGCACCCACUCUUCCACACAGAACAGACUGCUCCGGCGCCGACGCAACUGCCGGCCGCCGCCGCUAACGGAACCGUCGUCGGCACGCCCCGGCCGAGCUUGCCGCUCAAGUCUAGAGCCGGCUCUCCCGCGUCGUUUGCCAGGGGAUUGUCGCGGCCAGAUACGCCCGCCCAGACCGGAGGACCGGCGACGCCGUCUCAGGCUCCCGCGCCCAACGUGACGGCCGAAGCGACGCCGAUCCUGCCCGACUCGGACGACUAUAACCCCGACGAUACUUAUCGCUGCGUCAUCCACCUCAACCUGAACCUGUCGUCCAUGCUCUACACGGACAAGUUCGAGUGGUCUCUCCUCCACCCCCCCGGAACAGCCGAAGCCUUUGCAAAGACAACGUGUGCCGACCUCGGGUUGGCGGGCGAGUGGGUGCCCGCCAUGACCCACGCCAUCUACGAAGCGGUCCUGCGCCUCAAGAAGGAGGCGUGCGAAGCAGGCGGGCUUGUCUCGGGCUGGGGCGGAGUGCAGCAGGACUUGCCCAACGACGCUGCCAACGGCACCGAGGCUGGCUGGCGGUAUGACCCCGAACACCUGGCAGACGAAUGGGAGCCAAAGGUCGAGAUCCUGAGCAAGGAAGAGAUGGAGAAGCGAGAGGGCGACCGCGAACGGCAGGUGCGGAGGUUACGGCGCGAGACGGCGCGCUUCAGCUCCACGGCCGGCAUGCUGGGCGGCACCCCGUUUGGGGCCCCCGCCGAGCUGGAGGAGGAGAGGAUGGGCAGGGGCGAGCGCUUUAAGAAGAAGCGUCGGUUCCGCAGCCUGAGCCCACUUGCGCGCGGAGGGACGCCGGGAGGCCGAGGCACGCCCGACGGCGGCUACGGAGGCGGCGGCGCCCUGACCGACAUGGAGAGGACCACCUGGCGCUGCUCCCACUGCCGCACGUGGGGAACCAGCGUCUGGGCCGUCCGCGACGGUCCUGCUGGCCAAAAGUCCUUGUGCGCCAGCUGCGGCUACCUUUACGAGCGCGACGGCAAGCUUCCCCGCCAGACCAAGAACCUGCACCUGCAAGACGUUCGAGCUGUUUAA